AUGCUGGCCUCGGUCAAGUUGUUCAACCUUCAGCUGCUCGCUGAUGACGCCGAGUCCGUUCUGUCUGAGGUUCAGGACGAAGCCAAGCACCAGAUGGAGUUGGAAGCCCUCAAGAAAAGGAGCGUGGACCAUGGCUUAUCCCCAGGGGAGCUCGGUGCCAUGGAGCGCCUCAUGCAGAAGAGCGCGAAGGUCAAGGCCCAGAAGAGGAUCCGCACCUUGCGGGACACGGCCCAGAGUUUCUUCGAGCGCGUCAUGGCCCAGAUGCACCCUGUCGCUGGCGCUCCUGCGGCUGUUCCCCCUCCGGUACACGUACAACUCCCUGUCCCUCGCGAGGCCGAUGAGGCUGCCGCCGGCGAUGCAGAAGGUGGCGGUCUACUGGCUCCGGGGCGCCCGAGAUGGCCAGCAGGAGGGGCAACAUGA